UAAAAUUUUCAAUAUGGAAGUUAUGUGCAUUGAAACGGAGCGUUUUUGUUAUUAACAACCAUAGUAGCGUGAACUUUUUCACAUAACUUAGCUAUAACUGGAGAUGAUUUUAAAGCAUAAAAAGUUAAAAAGGAAUAAAUUUGAAAACUUGAAAAGUGUGAUUAUGUUUUGCUGUAAACAAUUAUGUUUUAAUUGACUGUGACACGAAAUUUGGACAACUUAUUAAGUGCAGAGAUCAGUUCAGAUAACACAUUGAACAUAUUUUCUACAACAUGGCUACUUGUAGGCAAAUAGAUACAGAUAUACUUUCAGAUGAAAUAUUUGAUGCAUUAUGUUCAAUCUGUCGAAAUAAAGGAAAAUAUACUGAAGGCGAAAAAUUCUGUGUAGAUUGCCACGAUUACUUUUGUAGAGCUUGUGUUCAAGUUCACAAUGACGUACCUGUAUUAGGCAAUCACAAAGUGUUGGAUAAAUCACAAGUAAAAUCAGGAAUCAGCAAAGGUUUGCCGAGGGCACCAACAGAGAGAUGUGACAGACACAGUCAUAAACACAUUGAUAUGUACUGUCAGAGCCAUGAUAAUGUUGGCUGUUCUACAUGUAUGGCAGUUGAUCAUAGAUUAUGCAAGGACACAUUCUACAUACCAGAAUUUAUCCAAAACAAUACUUGCCAAGUUACAUCCGUAGGAAUACAAACAAAACUCAAGGAAAUAGCCAAGACCCUUGUUCAACAAGCUGAGAUAUUUAAACAGGACAAACAAAGGCUGUUAAAGAGAAAAGCAGAAUUACUGUCUGAUAUCAGAAAAUUCCGUCAAGAAAUCAAUGACCAUCUUGACAAGUUGGAGAAAAGUUCUAUUGAUGUGAUAGAAGAUAAAAUCAAAUGUCUUGAAGACAAGAUUGAAGAUGGUCUUAAACAGCUAGAGUCAAACAUGUCCAGGGUUACAUCAGCUAUUGAUAAAUUAGCAUCAACCAACACAAAUCAAGCUGAAGUGUUUGUUUCUGUGAAGAUGGGAGAAGAUGCUGCAAAUGUUGCCAACACAUAUAUGGAGCAUGUCAAAAUGGAAAAUACAGUAGAAGACAUAGAGUAUCAACCUGAUAGAGCAAUUCUAACACAGCUAGAACACAAGAAAACCAUGGGCACAUUAACAGAGAAACAUUCAAAGAGAACUGACAAUUUAUUUCAGAUUAAAGGAAACCAAUCACAUAAUAUAAAAGUUAUGUCUGAUAAAAGCAAUUGUUAUAUCACCAGUGCCUGUUGUAUGGAAGAUGGUACAAUAAUUCUAGCUGAUUACAACAACUACAAGCUUAAACGGUUACACAGUUAUAACUAUACUGUAACAGACUACUAUGAUCUACCCGGAGGACCAUGGCAAGUGUGUAUGAUCAAUAACACACAAGUAGCAGUAACUGUUCCAUCACAAAAAUCAGUUCAUUUCAUUUCUCUAGAAAGAAAAAUGAAAACAACAAACAAGAUUAACACUGACUUUUUAUGUUUUGGUCUCGCAUAUUCAAACAAUAAUUUAUAUAUUUCAGAUCUUCGGACAUCAGUAUAUGUGUAUACAUUGUCAGGCUUGAAAAUUACUCAGAUCAGCAAGGAUCAAUCAGGACAUAGGAUGUUCUCUGACAUACGCAGUCUAGCUGUCAGUAAGGAUGCUACUAGGAUUUAUGUUGCUGACCAUGGUAAUGGACUGAUAGUACUGGACAUCAAUGGUCAGGUUAUUACAUCAUUUAAUGAUGAACAAUUGAAGAAGGCUUUCUGUUGUUAUCUCACUGAAGCAGGUAAUGUGUUGGUAUCUGGAGUUGACUCAAAUAAUAUUUUACAGUUUACAUCUGGUGGUAAGCUGAUAAGAGAGAUUUUAAAAGCUGAUUUGAAAUUUGGAAUUUUGUCAGUCUGUUGUAAUCAACAAAUGACUAAGAUGUGCAUGAGCAGAUGGCAAUGUGACAACAUUGAAGUAUAUGAUAUCUAGUAUGUUAGUAAAUAAAAAAACACUUUCAAUAAAAGUUUAAUAAUUUAAGAAUAUUUUGAUUCAUAUGUGAUACAAAAUCAAACAUAAAAAGAAAAACACAAUCAAUUAAUUAUUGAUUGUGAUAGGUAUAUACGUGUACAAUAUGUAAUGAUACUAGAUUAAUUCAUUGUUAAUAUACAUGAAUUCUUUUGUGAAAACUUUAUAAGAUUUAUCAUAUUCAUGUACAAGAUAUAGUUGCAUUAUGAUUUAUUACAAAUUGGUUUAUAUUUAACAAUUGUAUGUUGUGUAAAUGAGACGGUGUUCAUGAGUGAA